ACUUCAUUCCCUCCCCCUGGAAAGUGGAAACCCUAAUUUGCUUUCCCCAACGUUCACUGUUCCACCAAGUCUCCUCUCCUCUCCUCUCCUCUCCUCUACUCGCGCGUAACAUUGGUUUAUUGAAUCAAGGGCUGUGGUGGGUCAGUGAGGUUAUGAUUCUCCAUACUUGAAUCACAUCUUGGUGGAGCGGUGGAUUGCUAAUUGGUGGGCUGCAUCCUAAAAUUGACUCAGUGUACAGCAAGUGCAAUAAGGAAUUUUUCGGUGGAAUAAUACCAUUGUGUUUUUUUUUUUUUCUUUUUCUUUUUCUUUUCUUUGGUUGGACUUGCUUCAGAAUCGCGGCUGCACCAGUCUCUGUAGAGAGCCUGAAAUCCGAGGAAAGAACCAUGGCGGAUCGGCUUGGCAUCGAUCUUGGCAUACUAAGGUAAAGAAUUCAAAACCCAGAAAAGACCUAGUUUUUCGCCUUCUGAUUGGUUCAAGAGAAAACGUGGCUAGAAUUUAUGACUUAGUAUUGAAAAUUGACAUGUUUUAGAGUAUUGAAAAUUGACGAUGGAUUCGCGUCUUAGGGGGUUUUUGGAUCCCACUAAUGGAAUACAAUUGGGAAAUCAAUCUUUUUCGGUUCUUUCGAAUCAAAACCUUGUUGCCGGACCCAGAUUCGAGAAUGCCUUUCUAGACCACAAUUUUAGGGAAUCUCAUUACCUUCAACCGGAUCAGACACCGAGUCAUAUAGCAUUGAGCUCGAGUGAGGCCCACGGGAAUGAUUACCCGGAGGACUGUGACUUCUCUGAUACUGUUUUAGGGUAUAUUAGUCAGAUUCUUAUGGAAGAAGACAUGGAGGAUAAGACUUGCAUGCUUCAAGAUUCUUUGGAACUUGAAGCUGCUGAGAAAUCCUUCUAUGAUUUGCUUGGGAAAAAGUACCCCCCUUCCCCGGUACAUAGCACGAAUUAUAUUGAUGGAAAUGGUGAGAGCCCAGAUGAUAUUCACCAUGUAAGUAGUAGCUUUUUUGGUGAUAAUAACUUGAUUCAAAAUCAAAGAGAUUAUAGUUAUACCCCCCAAUUACAAAGUCUUCCUCUUUAUAGCAUUUCUCAGUCAUCUUAUGGCUCUUCAAAUAGUGUGAUUAGCAGUGUGGAUGGUUUAGUAGACUCUCCCAGUAGUAGUCUUCAGGUGCCGGAUUUAAAUAGUGAGAAUCAAUCUGUUUGGCAAUUCAGGAAGGGGGCUGAGGAGGCUACGAUGUUUCUUCCUCGUGGAAGUGAGUUGUUUUUUAAUUUGGAAGCAAAUGGGUUGUUUUAUCGGGAGCCAAAGACAGGAAAUAGCGAGCUGGCAGUCAAGAUGGAGAAAAAGGAAGAGGGGGAGUACUCAACUAAUGGGUCUAGGGGAAAGAGGCAUUGUUAUGAGGAGGAUGGAGAUAAAGAUGAUGAGAGGAGGAGCAAGCAAGCUGCUGUAUAUAUCGAAUCCACUCUGCGGUCUGAGAUGUUUGAUAAAGUGUUGCUUAUUAAUAAUGCAGAAGGUAGGGACCAUGUGUCUAAUCUUCGUGAGGCCUUGCCAAAUGAAACAAGCAGAACUGUACUGAAGAAUGGGGUAGGCAAAACUGUGUCACAGAAUGGGAAAUCAAAAGGAUCUAAUGGUGGAAGGGGACGUGGUAAGAAACAAAGUGGAAAUAAGGAGGUGGUGGAUUUGAGAACUCUCCUAAUUCAAUGUGCCCAAGCUGUUGCAGCUGAUGAUCAGAGGAGUGCAAAUGAAUUGCUAAAGCAAAUCAGGCAGCACUCUUCUCUUUUUGGGGAUGGAAAUCAGAGACUAGCAUAUUGUUUUGCUGAUGGGCUUGAGGCACGCAUGGCUGGUACUGGUAGCCAGAUCUAUAAAGGCCUUGUUAGUAAAAGAAGAUCUGCUGCCGACAUCUUGAGAGCUUACCAUUUAUACCUUGCUGCAUGCCCGUUUAGGAAGAUGUCUAAUUUUGCUUCAAACAGGAUGAUAAUGAGUGCAGCAGCGAAGGCCACAAGGAUCCAUGUCAUAGACUUUGGUAUCCGUUAUGGUUUCCAAUGGCCCACCUUUAUUCAGAAGCUCUCAUUGAGACCUGGUGGUCCCCCAAAGCUUCGAAUUACUGGAAUAGAAUGUCCCCAACCUGGCUUUCGGCCAGCAGAGCGAGUUGAGGAAACAGGACGUCGCUUAGCAAAUUAUGCUGAGAGUUUCCAUGUGCCAUUUGAGUACUACCCCAUUGCAAAAAAAUGGGAAACCAUUCAAGUUGAGGAACUUAAAAUUGAGAAGGAUGAGUUCCUUGUUGUUAACUGUUUGUAUCGAGGUAAGAACUUGCAUGAUGAAUCUGUCUCUGUUAGGAGUUCAAGAGAUAUUGUCCUCAAUUUGAUAAGGAAGAUCAAUCCUGAUAUUUUCAUCCAUGGGAUUGUUAAUGGCUCCUUCAAUGCCCCCUUCUUUGUUACCCGGUUCCGAGAGGCAUUGUUCCACUAUUCUGCACUGUUUGAUAUGCUUGAAACACUUGUACCUCGUGAAGAUCGGGAGAGGAUGGUUAUUGAGAAAGAGAUCUUUGGCAGGGAGGCUUUGAAUGUUAUAGCUUGUGAAGGCUGGGAGAGAAUGGAGAGGCCGGAGACAUACAAACAGUGGCAAUUCCGAAACCUAAGAGCUGGGUUUGCCCAGCUGCCUAUGGACCGGGACAUUGUGAAGAAGGCAGUGGAUAAGGUGAGGUCGAGCUACCACAAGGAUUUCGUAAUUGAUGAAGAUAGCCGGUGGCUGUUGCAAGGAUGGAAGGGGCGGAUCAUCUAUGCCCUUUCUUGUUGGAAACCUGCUUAGCAAACUUGUCAGGCGUCUGUCUCUCAUCUCCUUGGCAUUUGAUUAGCGAUGAUUGAGGACCCAAGAGGACAGUUAUUGAAGCAGUGACUGUUUUACUUGGAGAUGGACUGCAUGUUGGAAUCCUCAAUCCUGCUUCAGGGAAAGAAGGUCAGAGAUGACAGCAAAACUCUACUUCAGACUGGGAUUUCUCAAGAUCAGAAGCGUCAUAAGUUUGGGUUUUAUAUUGGAGCAGACAUGCACAAAUCAACCCACCUGCGUCCUCUGAAGACUCUUCUUUGUUAUCUAGUGGCACUGGCACACCUCAAGGGUUAUCCAGGUAACAAUGUUGGAUGCGCCACCUUUAAUAGGAUCAUUUUUUAGUUGCGGCAUUUCCUUUGGUGCUCAUUUUUUACAUUCUCCGAGUUUGGAAUUGAUGAGCCUAUCUUGUCACCUUAGAGAACUGUGUCAGUAUGUUCCAUUCUCAGGCAUUCGGCUUCUUUGAGGCCUCAACCGGGAACAUCUUAUGUAUUCUCAGAUCCUCCAUUGUUGAAUUUGGGCAGUUGUGGUGAAAGCAAAACUCAAUAUAGUUCCCUCUCUUGCUGAUAUUUCAACUGGCAAACGGCAAGAAUCUCCCCUCAGCAGAGGAGGGGAGAGCCUGUUUGUUCCUCGAGAGCUUUUGGAGAGGGUCUACUGGUCGCAGCAUCAGACUGUGCAACAGGUUAAUAAUAAUGUAAAAGAUUGAUCAUAGAAAUAUUUUGUAAAUGUAAGUUCGUGUAGUAUUCCGACAUUCACUUGAUUCACAAACCCAACUCUCCUUUCUUUAAGAAGGGUUUAGUGAUCGGUACAUGUGGCAGCACGCUUAAGAGAAGUCACCAAUUUCAAUUUUAAACGUUCACUGUGUUUGUCUUCUUGGACGAAGAAAACCCAUGAUUCCUUUGCUGUCUUGCUGCAGUUAUGUCGAAGAUUUCUAAGUAUUUGUCAUUCUCUGAAUCUCUGUUGUCUAUAAAUUUGUUGCUUGGGCUCACGGGAAAACCGAGUCUUGUUAAUGAAAUGGUUGGGGUAUUCUCUCU